ACAGUGCAACUAAUGUGUAAAUCACAUAGGUUUAAUCAGUAUCUGACCACUUUAAUUACACAUAAGUGUUUUAGUUACAUAAAGGCAGAGUGAUGAAAAUAGUGAAGCAUCGAAGGUCGCCUUUAUGUUUAUUUGCAAAUAAUACAGUUUUCAGCAUUUCUGCAUGGGGUUUGAGUGUUUUCCCUGUGUGUUUUUGGGUUUGCACACUCUAAGUACGUGUGAGAGUGAAUGGUUGUUUGUCUGUAUUCAGCCCUGUGAUGGACUAGCGACCUGUCCAGGGUGUACCUGGUUUGUGUUUAUAUAGCGCUUUUCUAGUCUUGAUGACUGCCUGCUCUACCACUGAGCUACCAUUGCCCCACACCUAUGACCCACGCAAACUUCAUGUGGAGGAUAAAGCGGCAGAAGAUGAAGACUCUGCAAGUCCAGGUGCCCUUCGCUGACCCCUGUGUCUUGUGGCCCCCCGAGUUCUUCAGUCGUCCAUCCAUGGCUGUGUCCAUGAUCAAUCUGAGCUGCAUGGCUGCUGAUGAUGCUGAUGCUGCUGAUGUCACCACCGCCUCCCAGCAGCAUCCCUGCCACAGCAACACCGCCAUUUUCCCUUCGUUCAGACCGACUUAGGCACAGCGCGCUGGAACAUCCACCCUGCUGCUGAUCCAUCUCGCUCCUCCUCCUCUCUCCUCCUGUCUCCGUCACUGAAGCUGCUACUAAAAUUGAUGUUCUUUUCCCCGGCGGAUUCUCCAUGUAUGGAUGCGAGGGGAGGAAGGAUGCUAGACUAACAGAGAGAGAGACACGCACCAUAACGGUUUGCAGAUUGAGGAAAUCUGAGGAGGUUUGAAUGGACAGAGGAUUGUCCCUCUGUGGUCUUCGAGCCUAAGUUGCUGAGGAGUACGUUGUCUGUGUGUGUGUGUGUGUGUGUUGCCACAAGGAUCUCCAGCUCUUCCCCCUGCUCACACACCCACCUGCAUCAUGGCAGCGGCGUCGGUGAAAGUCGCUGUGAGGGUUCGACCCUUUAACUCCAGAGAGAUCGGGAAGGAUAGUAAAUGCAUCAUUCAGAUGACGGGGAACACCACAACAAUCCUGAAUCCAAAACAGCCAAAAGAAAACAAGAGCUUUAACUUUGACUAUUCUUACUGGUCACACACUACGCCAGAGGACAUCAACUAUGCGUCCCAGAUGCAAGUAUACAGGGACAUUGGAGAGGAGAUGCUGCUCCAUGCCUUUGAAGGCUACAACGUUUGCAUAUUUGCAUAUGGCCAGACAGGAGCAGGCAAAAGCUACACCAUGAUGGGCCGACAGGAGCAGGACCAACAAGGAAUCAUUCCUCUGCUGUGCGAGGACCUCUUCACCAAAAUCAAUGGCAGCAAUAAUGACAACAACAUGUCUUACUCUGUGGAGGUGAGUUACAUGGAGAUUUACUGUGAGCGUGUGCGUGACCUGCUGAACCCCAAAAACAAAGGCAACCUGCGGGUCAGAGAGCAUCCACUGAUGGGACCCUAUGUUGAAGAUUUAUCCAAACUAGCCGUCACCUCCUACAACGACAUCCAGGACCUGAUGGACUCUGGAAACAAAGCUAGGACUGUGGCUGCUACCAACAUGAAUGAGACCAGCAGUCGCUCCCACGCCGUCUUCAACAUCAUCUUCACACAGAAGAAAUGCGACAUGGAUACGGACAACAGUUUAGAAAAGGUCAGUAAGAUCAGUCUGGUGGACUUGGCCGGCAGUGAGAGAGCUGACUCAACCGGAGCUAAAGGGACCAGACUGAAGGAAGGAGCAAACAUCAACAAGUCUUUAACCACUCUGGGCAAAGUUAUUUCUGCUCUAGCAGAACAGGACUCGGCACCAAACAAGAACAAGAAAAAGAAGAAGGUUGAAAGUUUUAUUCCAUACAGAGAUUCAGUCCUGACUUGGCUACUGAGGGAGAACUUAGGAGGAAACUCUCGCACUGCUAUGGUGGCUGCCCUCAGCCCGGCUGAUAUCAACUAUGAUGAAACCCUCAGUACACUCCGGUACGCUGACCGCGCCAAACAGAUUCGCUGCAAUGCUGUGAUCAACGAGGACCCCAACAACCGGCUGGUGCGUGAGCUGAAGGAGGAGGUGGCUCGACUCAAGGACCUGCUGUACGCACAGGGUCUGGGAGACAUCAUAGAGACGUAUCGCUGUACCGGCCCAGUCAUCACUGGUUUGAAAUACCUGUGCGAUUAUAAGAACUUUGUAAAUAAUCGCCAGGCUGUCGAUCAAAGGGGUGAUCUCUCCACAGUGACACACACCAUGACAGGAAUGAGCCCGUCUCCCUCCAUUUCGGCCCUGUCCAGCCGCGCCGGCUCCAUCACCAACCUUCAUGAUCGCAUCUUCAGCCCGGCCAGUGAAGAGACCAUCGAGAGGCUCAAGGAAACUGAGAAAAUCAUUGCUGAGCUCAAUGAAACCUGGGAGGAGAAGCUGCGUCGUACGGAGGCCAUUCGCAUGGAGAGAGAGGCCCUGCUGGCUGAGAUGGGUGUUGCCAUGAGAGAAGACGGAGGCACCUUGGGUGUCUUCUCCCCGAAAAAGACGCCUCACCUGGUGAACCUGAAUGAAGACCCACUGAUGUCUGAGUGUCUUCUCUAUUACAUUAAAGAUGGCACUACAAAGGUUGGCCGUGAAAAUGCCAAGAGUCGCCAAGACAUUGUUCUCAGUGGCCAUUUCAUCAAAGAUGAGCACUGCACGUUCAGCAGCACCAUAGGCCCUCAGGGAGAAGGAUGUGUCAUCCUUGAGCCGUGCGAGGGAACAGAGACAUAUGUCAAUGGGAAGAGAGUGACCUCACCUAUUGUUCUGCGAUCAGGGAAUCGAAUCAUAAUGGGAAAGAGCCACGUGUUUCGCUUCAACGACCCAGAGCAGGCUCGCCUGGAGCGAGAGAGGACGCCGUGCGCUGAGACGCCCGUGGAACCCGUCGACUGGGCCUUUGCUCAGAGAGAGCUGCUGGAGAAACAAGGCAUCGACAUGAAGCAGGAGAUGGAGCAGAGGCUUCAGGAACUGGAGGAUCAGUAUCGUAAAGAAAGAGAGGAAGCCAGUAACCUGCUAGAACAGCAGAGACUGGACUAUGAAAGUAAACUGGAGGCUCUUCAGAGACAGGUGGACUCUCGGUACCUGGAGUCACCCGAGGAAGAGGAGGAGCCUGAAGAGGAAGUGCCUUGGACAGAGCAUGAGACCGAGUUGGCUCUGUGGGCUUUCAGAAAGUGGCGUUUCUAUCAGUUCACCUCUCUCAGAGAUCUGCUUUGGGGCAACGCCAUCUUUCUCAAGGAGGCCAACGCUAUCAGCGUGGAGCUGAAGAAGAAGGUUCAGUUCCAGUUUGUCUUGUUGACGGACACUCUCUACUCCCCGUUGCCUCCUGACCUGCUGCCGCCCUGUGGGGCCAAGGAGCGAGAAAGCAGACCUUUCCCUCAGACUAUAGUGGCUGUCGAGGUGCAGGAUCAGAAGAAUGGAGCAACGCAUUACUGGACUCUAGAGAAACUCAGACAGAGGCUGGACCUGAUGAGAGAAAUGUACGACCGUGCUGCAGAACUCCCCAGCAGUGCUGUGGAGGACUGCGACCACGCCCUGACCGGAGGCGACCCCUUCUAUGACCGCUUCCCCUGGUUCCGUCUUGUCGGCAGGGCUUUUGUGUACCUGAGUAACUUGCUGUACCCAGUACCACUGGUGCAUCGUGUGGCCAUUGUCAGUGAGAAAGGGGAAGUGAAAGGCUUCCUCAGAGUUGCUGUGCAGGCCAUCUCAGCUGAUGAGGAGGCCCCUGAUUAUGGCUCUGGUGUGAGGCAGUCUGGCACUGCCAAAAUCUCCUUUGAAGACAAACAUUUUGAGAAGUUCCAGACAGAGACGUGUCCUGGUGUUAUGUCGCACUCCAACACCUCUCAGGAGGAGCUGAGAUUUGUGGAGGGAGAAGGACAAAAUUCUGAUAUGGGAAUCUCUGUGGACGAAGUCAACAACAACACUUGUGAAGCCACACUGGAUUCUCCUAGCAGCCCAUCCAAGAGUUUAGGUCUGGGUCUGGAUCUUCCCCUAGACCUCUCUCCAGAGAAAGCGCUGACCCACCUGAGGAUUGGCAGCACCUUUACCUUCAGAGUCACCGUCUUACAGGCGUCCAGCAUCUCAGCCGAGUAUGCCGACAUCUUCUGCCAGUUCAAUUUCAUCCACCGUCAUGACGAGGCUUUCUCCACGGAACCACUGAAGAACACAGGCAGAGGACCUCCGCUUGGUUUCUACCACGUACAAAAUAUCACAGUGGAGGUGACCAAGUCUUUUGUGGAGUACAUAAAGACUCAGCCAAUCGUCUUUGAGGUGUUUGGUCAUUAUCAGAAACAACCCUUCCCUCCACUCUGCAAAGACCUGAUCAGUCCACUGAGACCUUCCAGGAGACAGUUCCCCAGGGUGAUGCCCUUAUCCAAACCAGUGCCAGCCACAAAGCUCAGCACUUUGACUCGCUCCACUGCGGGACCAUGCCACGCCAAAUAUGACCUCAUGGUCUUCUUUGAGAUCUGCGAGCUGGAGGCCAACGGGGACUACAUACCUGCUGUUGUAGACCACAGAAGUGGGAUGCCCUGUCACGGCACGUACCUCUUACAUCAGGGCAUUCAGAGGAGGAUCACAGUCACCAUUGCUCAUGAAACAGGAAAUGACAUCGAGUGGAAAGAGGUGAAAGAGCUGGUCAUUGGUCGCAUUCGAAACACACCAGAGGCCGAUGAGACCAUCAUAGACCCCAACAUUCUUUCCCUCAACAUCCUGUCGUCUGGAUACUUCUGGCCUAAGCAUGAUGACAACGUCUCAUUGGGAGUAGAUCAUAGAACGUUCUACCGGUUUGAGGCAGCGUGGGACAGUUCCAUGCACAACUCUCUGCUCUUGAACAGAGUCACUCCCUACAGGGAGAAGAUCUACAUCACACUCUCUGCUUAUUUGGAGAUGGAGAACUGCACACAACCGACAGUGAUCACCAAAGAUUUUUGCAUGGUUUUUUACUCUCGCGACACAAAGCUGCCGGCCUCUCGCUCCAUCAGAAAUCUCUUCAGCACCGGCUGCCUCCGUCCCUCUGAGAGUAACCGUGUCACAGGAGUUUAUGAAGUCACUCUCUGUCACGUGGCAGACAAUGGAAGUCCAGGCAUGCAGCGCCGCCGCAGGCGUGUGCUGGAUACUUCGGUGGCGUACGUCCGAGGAGAGGAGAACCUGGCUGGAUGGAGGCCUCGCAGUGACAGUCUCAUCCUUGACCACCAGUGGGAGCUGGAGAAACUCAGCUUACUGCAGGAGGUGGAGAAGACCCGACACUACCUGCUGCUGAGGGAGAAGCUGGAGGCGACUCUGCAGGCCGGACAGGAAGUGCUGUAUAAAAGCAGUGACAUCAGCGACUUCGCAAAGAGUCCCGUCCUCAGCCACAGUCCGAGCAGCAGCCUCACCCCCGAGAGCCCCAACCAGAGGCAGAGGGAGCUGGCGGCCAAGUGUUUGCGUCUGCUGAUGCACACCUUCAACAGAGAGUACAGCCAGGUGAGCAGCAGUGCCAGUGAGAGCAAGCUGUCUGAGAUGUCUGCAUCUUUAAUGAGGGACUCAUCAUCGUCUGGACUGAGCACGCUUACUCCGUCCUCUACCUGCCCGUCGCUGGUCGAAGGACACUAUGACUUUAGGCAUACUGAACCCUGUUCCGAGGCGUCGACUCCAGAUCUGGACCCGUACAGCCCAGUGGACAGAAAGAAAGCUCUCAGAGGAUACAGCUUUGUACCUGACAUACAGGAAAUACGUGUCAGCCCCAUUGUGUCAAAGAAGGGCUACUUGCACUUCCUUGAGCCCCACACCAGUGGCUGGUUGAAGCGUUACGUGGUGGUGCGCAGGCCCUACGUCUACCUGUACCGCAGCGAGCGGGACAGCGUGGAGAGAGCAGUCAUCAACCUGUCCUCGGCAAAGGUGGAAUACAGUGAGGACAAACAAACCUUACUACGGACUCCCAACACGUUUGCUGUGUGCACUGAACAUCGCGGAAUCCUGCUGCAGGCUGCCAAUGACAAAGAGAUGCAUGACUGGCUGUAUGCUUUCAACCCUCUGUUAGCAGGGACUAUCAGGUCAAAGCUCUCUCGGAGAAAGUCGGUGCAGUCGGUUCCGUGUGCUCAGAGGAUGUGAGAGGUGAACCAGCUUGAUGGAGAAACAAAAAACAAAAAAAACAAACAAAACAAAACAAUACAAACAUCAAAUCUCAAAAUCCUGCUCUUAUGAACACUGAUACCGUAUAAGCAAACAUAUACAUUUAACCAUUUAAAACCCGUCUAUGUGGAAUCACUCAGUCACUCACUCAUCCCAACAAACUGUCCCCUCUCUCUUUUUACAGUCAACACCUCAGUCCCUGCAUGGUGUGUGCUCCCUCCUGACCGUUACAAAUAGAUAUUUGAAAUACUAACCACUCAAACAUGUUAGUUAACUUGUCUCUGCUGGACGAUUGGACUAUAGUUCUACUGUAGUUUAUAGACUUUAAUUUUAUAUACAUGUAGAAACCUUUGAGGCCAUCCCUAUAGUUAGUUACUAUGUGCUUUAUCUUCUUUAACUGAAAUAAGGGGCAACACUUUACAUGGUACAGUAACAUUAUGGUGAUAGGAGGUAAAUAGUAAUGUAAUAGCAUCUUAUUUCCAAAGUCACUGCCAAAGAAUGUGAAAGAAGUAUAUGAAUCCCCAUGGAAAAUCUAUAUGAAUAGGUCUUGGGAUAUAAAUGUGCAGCUGUUCACCCUCUGUAAAUACAUUUGACUGUUGUUUUAUAUACUCUAUGUGUACUAUUAUUAUUUUUAUUUUAUUAUUUUUGUUAUUAUUAUUUAAGUUGGAAGCUUAAGUCUUGGCCAGGUCUCCCUCAUAGAAGAGAUUUCUGUCUCAAAUGACUUCCUGGUUUAAAAAAAAGGGGUUAAAACUAAAUUUUAAAAAGUAAUGGAAUUGUAGUUAUUGUUAUUAUCAAGCUGUAACCUGGAUAUUACAUUGUUAAUAGCGUGGCGUUAUAGUAAUAUUAAAGAAUUGCUAUUGCCAUGCUGGAAAUGACUUGAGAAAUGAGAUGGUGUUACCAUACUAUUACUGCCCUAUUACAAAAGGAUGAACUCACUAUUACCAUGUUAUUACUAUAUUUAUUUAAUGUAAAGUGUUACCAGAUAAGGUCCCAACUAUAUAUUCAUGUAUUUCUAAAUAAUGACACCAGGAAAAGAGUGAAAAUCAAAACUCCAAACUGGAUGUUUUUCCUUUUCUGUGUAGAAGUGUGUAGUUCCACAUACAUCUGUUAUUUAAAUACUGUAUAUUAUGUCCGUUUUGGAAUGGCUUGGUGCUCUACUAUAGAGUAUUUGUUUGACUGCAGAGGUUUCACAGAGUCAUUGUAACACUGAAGUAGCAUGAGGAGCAAUGUGGGACAAAAAAGGGUAAGUUUGUACCUGUUGUUGUUGCUCUCGUAAGUUCUCGUUUGUGACAGGACCACUGAACCUGUUUUGUUUAAUGGCACUUUAUUAUCUUUAUGUCUUGUAUCGUUUACGCAGUUAUUUUAACCAAAAGCGUUGUCUUGUUUCAAGUCUUUGUCUUCUGCACACAGACAGUUUUUUGGGGGGAUAACAGAAAGUGACGCCUAUAGUUAGAAAUUAUGGAAAAUUUGGUGUCUUUGCCUUCAUCUGAGACUAAGAUUAGAAGAGUACAUCCCUGUGAGGUCUGUAUGCUAACACAUGUACAUAUACUGCACUUAUUUUUUGCUAUGUUCAUUAUUUCAAUGUGCUUUCAAGGCCACAGUCCCCACUUUAAGUCUUGUACCAAGAUUUUGUCUGUCCGGGAACAUUUGUUAUAACCUGUUUUGUUUUCUAAAUUCUACCUAGAAGGCAAAUUACUGUUUUUAUUCAGGCAUAAUUUCUUCAAAUCACCCGGUUACACUUACAUUGAACAACUAGUUCGAAUGUUUGGUUCAAUCUUUAAAAAAAUCUGUUAAGCGCUUAUUGUGUCGGACUUGAGCCUGCAGAGUUGUUACAUGUAUUACAUUUACUAUUUAAGUCCCCUACUGUAGCUACGUGGAAAGUAAAAAAUGACCCAGGACCUGUAAUCUGUCGAGGGCAGUUGCUUUGAGUGGGCUUUUGCCCCCAUGCACCAGAUAGUGCCUCCCUUUCUUCACCUCUUUUUAUUUAUUUAUUUUUUUCUCCCUUCCUUCUUCAUCAUUGUCUUUGACAUUUACACUGACGUUAGUUUGAAAAUGUCUGGUAUAGGAACCUAAUAUGUCGAGUAGUAGAGGACGUUAUGGGUCUUUUUUUUUAUAUUGAUGAACUACUGUAUGUCAAAUGUUUUGGAGAGUGAAUAUUAUCAAUGAUGCUUUCUAGUAUGUUGGUACAGUGACGGUAAAGUACAGCAUAUAUAUAUAUAUAUAUCCCAUUAUCAUUUACUGUAAACGUUGCACUUCUUCGCCUAUGUACUGUAAAUGCUUAAUAUUUUAAAGCUUGAAACCAGUACA